AUGUCAUUGACAGAGAUGUGGUGUCAGUUAUCUGAUGAGACGUGGUGUCUGACGGUAUCUGAUGAGACGUGGUGUCUGACGGUAUCUGACGAGACGUGGUGUCUGACGGUAUCUGAUGAGACGUGGUGUCUGACGGUAUCUGAUGAGACGUGGUGUCUGACGGUAUCUGAUGAGACGUGGUGUCUGACGGUAUCUGAUGAGACGUGGUGUCUGACGGUAUCUGAUGAGACGUGGUGUCUGACGGUAUCUGAUGAGACGUGGUGUCUGACGGUAUCUGAUGAGACGUGGUGUCUGACGGUAUCUGAUGAGACGUGGUGUCUGACGGUAUCUGAUGAGACGUGGUGUCUGACGGUAUCUGAUGAGACGUGGUGUCUGACGGUAUCUGAUGAGACGUGGUGUCUGAUUGUAUCUGAUGAGACGUGGUAUCUGACGGUAUCUGAUGAGACGUGGUGUCUGACGGUAUCUGAUGAGACGUGGUGUCUGACGGUAUCUGAUGAGAUAUGUGGUUUAGACAGAAGGUACCAGACAUCUAGUGGUUUAGACAGAAGGUACCAGACAUCUAGUGGUUUAGACAGAAGGUACCAGACAUCUAGUGGUUUAGACAGAAGGUACCAGACAUCUAGUGGUUUAGACAGAAGGUACCAGACAUCUAGUGGUUUAGACAGAAGGUACCAGACAUCUAGUGGUUUAGACAGAAGGUACCAGACAUCUAGUGGUUUAGACAGAAGGUACCAGACAUCUAGUGGUUUAGACAGAAGGUACCAGACAUCUAGUGGUUUAGACAGAAGGUACCAGACAUCUAGUGGUUUAGACAGAAGGUACCAGACAUCUAGUGGUUUAGACAGAAGGUACCAGACAUCUAGUGGUUUAGACAGAAGGUACCAGACAUCUAGUGGUUUAGACAGAAGGUACCAGACAUCUAGUGGUUUAGACAGAAGGUACCAGACAUCUAGUGGUUUAGACAGAAGGUACCAGACAUCUAGUGGUUUAGACAGAAGGUACCAGACAUCUAGUGGUUUAGACAGAAGGUACCAGACAUCUAGUGGUUUAGACAGAAGGUACCAGACAUCUAGUGGUUUAGACAGAAGGUACCAGACAUCUAGUGGUUUAGACAGAAGGUACCAGACAUCUAGUGGUUUAGACAGAAGGUACCAGACAUCUAGUGGUUUAGACAGAAGGUACCAGACAUCUAGUGGUUUAGACAGAAGGUACCAGACAUCUAGUGGUUUAGACAGAAGGUACCAGACAUCUAGUGGUUUAGACAGAAGGUACCAGACAUCUAGUGGUUUAGACAGAAGGUACCAGACAUCUAGUGGUUUAGACAGAAGGUACCAGACAUCUAGUGGUUUAGACAGAAGGUACCAGACAUCUAGUGGUUUAGACAGAAGGUACCAGACAUCUAGUGGUUUAGACAGAAGAUGA